UCCUAGCUCUAAGUUUGACUCUAGAUAUAACUUUUCCACCCCGUUCACUCUUCAGCUAAAUAAUCCGAAACGAUAACAGUUGUGUUAGCUUUAACUCUUGAAUAAAUACUAGUAUAAACUAUAUUCCCUAGCUGUUAAAGUUGCUUAUAAAUUGAAUCGUUUAAUUACACAGGAUUUAACGCUUUUCUCAUCGUCCACCCAUGUUUUGAGGUGUUUAUAAAAGAUCAAUGGAAGUUAACAGUUUGAGAACUGACUUGCCACAUUCAGCCAUUAAUUCAAGAGAAUUCUCAGGAAAUGCCCACUUUUGUUACUUUUAGAAGAUGCUCGUCUGUGAAACUUGCGGUGUUCUACUAAAUAUAAUUUCAUGCUUUUCCCAUGAUUUUUCUUCAACAGUGUACAGAGUUUAUCGUCAGAAUAUACAAUGAAUACUGAAGGCGUCCAGAAGGCGAACUCUACUGCUAACUGGACAAACACUACUGCUAACUGGACAGCAACAGAUGAAGUUCUAUCCCAGUCCUCUCUCCUUACCGUUCAAGUCUUUCUUGGCGGAAUUUCUGUGUCAGCGUUCCUAGGCAACGGUCUGGUUUGUGUUGCUUUCAUGCGAAACAGAGAAAUCCUGAGAUCCGCUAACAACACAUUUUUGUUCAGUUUGGCCAUAACUGACAUGUUAACAGGUGUUUGGAUCCUGGUUACACCAACACUGGUAAUAGACGGUGAUUCCUUUCCAGUCCUCACCGGUCUGGCAGGAGACUUGUUUUGUCGCAUGGUUUUUUCACAGUACUUUGUGUAUGCCAUGAGCAAGGUGUCCGUCUUCACAGUGACAGCGAUGUCGUUAGAGCGUUGGUAUUCCAUAGUGAGACCAUUCCACCACAGAGCGAACUUCAACAUGAAGCGAAUUUACACGUACCUGGUGCUCAUUUGGUUGCUUGGUCUUGGCAGUGUGGGCUUCGUUCCGUUCGGAAGGGUUUUCAUCUCUCCGACAAAUGACUGCGUUUGGAGUUGGGAGCCUUUUCAUCGCGAACUACUUAUCGCCUUGUUCCCACUCUUAACCUUCUUCACUCCAGCUCUAAUAGCUUGCUUAACACUUCUACACACAUAUUUCGUGCUAAAAAGAUCCCGGUUUCGACAAACAGGAAAUAGAAACGCCGCAACAAAGAGAAAACUUCUUCGGAUGUGCAGCAUUGUAGUUUUUCUGUUCUUUUUCUGUUGGCUUCCUAAUCAGUUGUAUUACGCAUUGUCGGCCUAUAACAUUACUACUUUAGAAACGUCUUUUCAUUAUUUCACCAUAGUGCUUGCCAUGUCAAAUUCCAGCUUAAACCCCUGGGUAUAUUGCUUUGCUAAUAGACAAAUUAAAACAGGAAUUAUGUCGCUUUUUGAUCCUGUGUUAAAUCCUUUGCGAAAACGCGUCAUCCCUGACGCAAAUUCGCGGAACGAGGAAGGUGGCGAGAUGCAGUUUGAGAUGCGAAACGUCCACGGGGCUAUUUUGGUCAGCUGUCAGGGAGUCUUACCCAGUCUGGAAGGGACAAGAUCUAGUGAAGUUAACACGUAACGCCGAAGCUUUCAAAACACUAAAUGUGAUACUCCCCUAUAAAAUUAUUUUAAAAGGUAGUCCCGAAUUUAGGGUCGUUUCGCUGUAAGUAAAACACGGUACUGCGUGAAUUAAUUAAGCUAUCUUAAUUAACGCCAAAAUAUGAGUGCAGUUGAUAUAGAUCCACGUGGUGUGACCAGUCCAGAGGGGGGUAAUAUAAUUCUGUGAUAAUUAUAAGGCUGCGAGGCGCAUGGCUGAUAAGUUUACUUCCCUGAGUUGGAUCCAAAUUAAACUCACAUGGCUUCACAAGAGGCUGAAUUAAGGCUUGGACUGACACUUCAACGUUUAAAGUGAUCUUCUGAGUUUUUGGUAGCAUUUUUAGAACUGCAAGUCAAAUAGGUAAUGAAUUUAACCCGGUAAUUUUCAUGCAGUUGAGGUUUUUUAAUUCGAUUGUUAGUGCUAGCAAAAAAAAA